AUGCCACAAGUACAUAAUAGAUCGUUGACGCUCAAUAUGGACUCCAGUGCUUUCAAUAAAAAUUCCAGAUAUAUGUCUACCAUCAGAAUGACUCAGGGAGCGAAACGAAAGAUUCGGGCAUUCAACACAGUGGAAAAUCGUUUGAAAAAAUUCCAAAUCAAUUUUUACAAUCGACACGCGGAAAUUCAAAGGUACCAGAUGGAAAGAAAAAAGGAAAAAGUUCGAGAUCUUAUGAAAAAAAGAGAUGCUUACAGAAAGGUGAUUGCAAAUCACCCUAUUGCUGCUAGUCCUGAUUACAAGAAGGCACUGGAAGACAGAUAUACUGCGCAUGCUCUACGGCAUGAAAUAAAGCAGAUGCUGAGCUAUAUUGAACCCGAUAAAAUAAGGGAGAGAAAUGCUAGGACUCUCGUUGACGUAAAUAAAAAGAGAUAUGACGAGAUUUUGAAUCGAAAUCGUAAAUCCAUCUUAGAGUUGUUUCCUCCUCCGGUGGAAAAGAAGGUAGAAUAUGAAUCGGACUUUGAAAGUGAUUCGGAAGAUGAAGAACCGCCGGAACCGGAAACGAGGAAAUUCCAGCAAGCCCGACCUAUGUUGCCUUUCCGUCGUCAAGGAGUUACACGUGCAUUUAUCAUGAAUAAGUCUAGACAAGAUCAAAGACAGGAAAUUUCCACUGAAGAAAAUUCUAGUUCAACCAAGGAACAAGAUUUACCACCAGUGACGUUAAAGAAAGAAUUGCCACCCGAUCUUCGAAUUCCCGUGGCUUCGUAG